AUGGCAGUAGAACUCAUGACAGGUUACAACACAGCCAAAACUUUCACUUCCAUAGCCGAACAAAAUGCUGUCCAAGAAGCAGCUUCUGGCUUAGAAAGCGUCGAAAAACUCAUCAAAUUACUCUCUGAAGCACGCCACAAAUACCAAACUUCUUCAUAUUCAUCUUCCUUUUCACCUUCAAAUCCCAACAACAACCACAACACUUCCAUGGAAAUUGAAAGAGACUGCAAAGCCGUCGUUGAUAUCGCUGUUCCCAAAUUCAAACGCGUUAUUUCACUUCUCGAAAAAGAACAGGACCGGUCACGCUCGUUUCAGGAAAAGCUCCUUCACCACAACAAACUCAACCUUCUGAACGAACAAUCUACAACUCAUAAACACAAACUCCUUCGAACACCAAUCAUUUCUCUUUCUCCGGUUUCUCCCAAACCGACUUUCCUUCUUCCCCAAAAUGACAAUCCACACCGUUAG